UUGAAGAAGAAGCAGAUAAACCAGGAAAUGCAAGCAAUAAAAAGAGAUAUUUUUUAAAAAAUAUGUAUAAUAAAAAAAUAGUUAAAGAAGGUCUGGCUUUAUUGACCGGAGAGGGGAGAGAGAGAGAGAGAGUCAGAGAUAUUGACAUAGGACAUCCAAUUGAAAAAAAUGAUGAGAAAUAAAGUUUGUCUAAUCAAUUUCAACCCAUAACAUAUCUCUUUCUGGUUUCUGUUAGCAUUCUGAGAGAGAGAGUGUGUGAGUUAGUGAAUAAUAAAGCUGGAGACUUUUUCUUUAUGGGGUGUGGGUGUGUGGAAGUGUGAGAUGGAAAUGAAUGUUGUUAUUGGUGGGAGGCACAUCUAAAAAACAAAGAUUGAGUUGAAUUUAUGUGAAGAGAAGAAGAAGAAGAAGGAAGAAAAGAAAAAAUGGGAACGCCACCAACGGAAGAGCUUAUGAAGAAGAUCGAGCAGCUAGAGGAAGGUCACGAGCAUCUCAAGCAAGAGAUGUCAAGGCUCAAGCUUUCUGAUGCCACCAGAAGCCACCACCACCAUCGCCAGAGGUCUCACUCCGUCUCUCCCCAGCGUUCUAGAUUGGGUGCACCGCCGAAGAGGGGACCCGCCGAUGGAGCCUCAGCUGCCGCAUGGAAGAGAGGCUCUUGUUCCUUUAAGCAAUCUUCACCUCUGCAGAGAGAGAGUCGCAGUGAUCCCAAAAAAGAAGGUGAAGGAGGUGGUGGUGCAAAGUGUGGUCCUUCCGCCGUGAAUUUUACUGAUAGACAGUAUCUUAAUAUUUUGCAGUCAAUGGGACAGUCCGUUCAUAUAUUGGAUCUUACCUCUCGGAUAAUCUACUGGAACCGGAGUGCCGAAAAUCUGUAUGGUUAUGCUGCGGAGGAAGCUCUUGGGCAGGAUGGGAUUGAGCUGAUUGUUGACCCCAGGGAUUUUGCCUUGGCUGAAGAUAUUGUGAACCGUGUCGUAAUGGGAGAGAGCUGGACUGGGCAAUUCCCGGUCAAGAACAAGAUGGGAGAGCAGUUCUUGGCGGUGGCGACGAAUACUCCUUUCUAUGAUGAUGAUGGAAGUUUAGUUGGGAUUAUCUGUGUCUCGAGUGAUUCGCGGCUCUUCGUUGAAACGAGAGUUCCGUGCUUGGGUGCAAACAAUGCUGAAUCAGGUUCAGGCUCUAGGCCUCUUAGAAGUAGCAUUUCAAAUAAACUUGGCCUUGAUACUCAGCAGCCUCUCCAAACUUCUAUAGCAUCCAAGUUCUCAAAUUUGGCAUCAAAGGUAAGUAACAAAGUUAAGUCAAGAAUCCGGACUGGAGAAAAUAACGGUGAUCGUGAAAGCGGGAGCGGAGGAAGUCAUCAAUCUGAGCAUAGUUUCUCAGAAGUUGGUGUUGCAGACCACAGAGAGGAUGCUAAUUCCAGUGGAGCUAGCACACCCAGAGGUGAUGUGAUGCAGUCCCCUUUUGGUAUAUUUUCUCAUGGUGAGGAAAGAUCCCAAGGAAAAACUUUGAAAGAAUAUGCCGAUGAUAGUGAAGGAAAAUCUAUUCACAAGAUUAUAACGUCUAGGGCUGAAGCAUGGAUUCAAAAGAAAACAAUGGCAUGGCCAUGGAAAGCAAAUGAUCAAGAAGGGUCGGAGGCAAAGGAUGUCCGUGUUGCUGUGCCUUUCUUGUCAAAUGAUCAUCAAGAAACUCAGAAGCAAGAACGUCAAGGAGGUGAAAGGAAUCGCCCUAGUAACAAUGAGGCUUCAGGAUCCUGGUCGUCGUCAAUCAAUAUUAACAGCACAAGUAGUGCCAGCAGCUGUGGAAGUGCCGGAAGUUGUGCUGUCAAUAAUAAAGUGGAUGUGGACACCGAUUGCUUGGAUUAUGAAAUUUUGUGGGAAGACCUGACUAUUGGAGAACAAAUUGGACAAGGUUCCUGUGGAACUGUAUAUCAUGCUCUGUGGUAUGGAUCAGAUGUUGCGGUCAAGGUAUUCUCAAAGCAAGAAUAUUCAGAUGAUGUGAUACUUUCCUUCAGACAAGAGGUUUCUGUUAUUAAAAGGCUUCGGCACCCAAAUAUUCUUCUCUUUAUGGGGGCAGUGACUUCACCUCAACGUCUCUGCAUUGUGACAGAGUUUCUCCCACGUGGAAGCUUGUGUCGCUUGUUACACAGAAACACGCCGAAACUUGACUGGAGACGACGAGUUCAUAUGGCCUUGGAUAUUGCACGAGGUGUGAAUUAUCUUCAUCACUGCAAUCCACCUAUCAUCCAUAGAGAUUUGAAGUCAUCAAAUCUUCUAGUUGAUAAGAAUUGGACUGUAAAGGUUUGUGACUUUGGUCUUUCACGUCUUAAGCAUGAAACAUUUCUCACUACUAAGACAGGGAGGGGCACGCCACAAUGGAUGGCACCAGAAGUUCUUCGUAACGAACCCUCAGAUGAGAAGUCCGAUGUAUACAGCUUUGGAGUAAUAUUAUGGGAACUUGCAACCGAAAAGAUCCCUUGGGAUAAUCUCAACUCAAUGCAGGUGAUUGGAGCCGUGGGGUUCAUGGAUCAGCGACUUGAAAUUCCAAAAGAUGUUGAUCCACGAUGGGCUUCUAUAAUUGAGAGCUGCUGGCAUCGUGAUCCAGCUUCCCGUCCAACAUUCCGGGAACUACUCGAGAAGCUUAGAGAGCUGCAAAGACGGUAUGCCAUUCAGUUCCAAGCUGCUCGAUCGGCCGGAGGGGAAAGCCCCCAAAAGGAGUCCUAGACAGUAGACACAACCUUGGAGCUAUUUUCUUCUGCGUGUGUUCGAGGCAUAAGGAUAUUUUUGGCACAUGCUUUACCAAAUGAGUAAAUGAAUCGAUCCAAAGAAAUGCUCUUGGAAUCAUUUAGAAUUGGUGCUCUGAAUUCUUUGUUCAUCAACAUUUACCUUACAAUGAAGGGAGAUGGCUGGAAUGAUUGGAAAAAUAAUAGAUGGGGAGAUUGCUAAACUUUUGAUGGUGAUUGGGCUAGUCAUUUUAUUUUUCUUUAGUGACACCAUGUUCCUUCAAUUCAUUGGUGGUGAUGCUUGUAACUGAGUCUUUUUCAAUUGAAUUUGAUUAUUCCCA